AUAGAAUACAACCCAAACAUAUGUACAUACAUACAGCUGAAUCUAAUAAAAGCGUAUUAUUAAUGGGUGGCUGCAUUGUUCCGAACUGAUAUCAGACACUCGCCCAGUGUUGGAUAAUUUUCAAUUCUUUAGUUUGCGUUAUUCACUAUUUACGCGCUUAUCAAAAUCUAUAACAAAUAACGAAAUUCAGCAUAAAUAAAUCUUAUCAGCAAUGAAAAAUAUAAUGUGCGUAAGAAGUGCGUGCUUUGAAAAAAUUUGUUAAACAAGUAAGUCUUCUGGUAUAAAUAGUUGAAGGCAGUGCCAAGCCAGAGCCUCUAGCGUUAAGACGUGACACUACUGGUCGUUUAUAUAGAAGGUUAUACAGAAGUUUUACAGUAGAAUUAAAUAUAAUGCCUAUAGCAGGCAACAUUACUUACGAUGCCAAGCGGAAGGUUUGGAGCUCCCCGAACUACCCACAUUGGUCCUUCAUAAAUCAAUCGCUGGGCGAAGCAUUCGUUCAGCAAAUGAAAAAGCUGCCUGCAGACCAGAUACUCGAGCAGUAUGUGGAUACGGACGAAAUCCGUACAUCGAACCAAAUAUAUCGCGAAUCUGUAGCGGUGGCCAAAAAUUUGAAAAAGUUGGGCUUAAAACGUGACGAAGUGAUUGUGGUAUGUGGCGGUAAUAAUAUGAAAGUGACGCCACUUAUUAUGAGUGCAUUUCUGAUGGGUGCUAAGGUGAACGUAUUUGAAACCGCUAUGAAACCAGAAUACUUUGAUAGCACGUUGCGUCUUCUGGAACCCGCGGCCAUUUUCUAUGAAGAAGUACACGCAAAUACGAUAUCCGAUUCAUUAAAACGUUCACCCUUAACUUCCGUGCGUUACCAACUGUCCUUAGAUGGUUCACAAGUGCCCAAUUUUGACAGUGAGCUCUUGCAACCCGUAGCAGAGGAUGAGUUGGCAAAUUUCCAUCCGGCGCAAGUGGAUGACCCCCAGCAUGAAACAGCACUUCUAGCGCUCACAUCUGGCUCGACGGGUCCGCCGAAGGUUGUCAAUAUUACACACUCAUUGCUCUUGCAUGCCAAUGUUUCCUGGUUCUACCAUAUGAAUAAAUCAUCGCCGUUCACUUCAAAGUCCUCGGUUUUCUCCUUUGCACCACUCUGUUGGAUAAGUCAGUUCGAUUUGAUGCUCGUGUCGUUGUUGUUCGGCGUACGACGUGUUUGUGCCACGAAACCUGCGAAUGGUCCUUACGGCUGCGAUAUAAUAAGAAAAACGGGCAUUACGCAUAUUUUUCUUUUGCCACAGGCCCUUGAGGAUAUACUCAACACCUUGGAAGACACAGAUACACAGUCGAUGAGUUCGUUGCGUGUCUUACAAGUCGGCGGCGAAAAAGCGUCCAAAGCUGUAUACCAAUUAGCACAAAAGCAUUGUGUGAAUGCGAAAACUUAUAGUUGCUUUGGCAUGACUGAACUUGCCGGUCUGAUAGCCAACGCUGGGGAUGGUAAUGCAGGAAAAUUGGUUCCGGGUAUACAAAUACAAAUACUGGACGAUGAUAUGCAGCCUUUGGGUCCGAAUCAGCAUGGGCAGGUGUACCUAAAAACACUCGUGCCGUUCAAGCCUUACCUCAAAAUUGACAGCAGUGCCCAUUACUUUCCCGACGGUUUCUUUUUGAGUGGCGACUACGGUUACGUGGACGAGCAGCACAAUCUGCAUUUGGAAGCGCGGUACAAGGACCUAGUGCGCGCCAAGGAUGUUAUAAUAAUUCCAAAUAACGUCGAGUACCAGAUUAAUGAUCUGCCAGAGGUGGUUGUAUCGCGUCUUGUGGGAUAUAGACAGUCGGAGGAUAGCACUGCCGAUGUUGGUGCAUUAUUCGUGGUAUUGGAAAGCUUUGCCAAAGACUUGCCAUCUGGAUUAGUUAGACUUAAGAUACGUGAUGUUUUGUUGGCCAUGCUCAGUCCCAAAGAGAAUGCGAAUAUUGAAAAGAUAAUUUUCAUUUCGAAAAUACCUGUGACCAAUUGUGGCAAAGUAGAUCGAGUCGAACUGCGCAAACAAGCGAGCUUACUGUGAUUUGACGCAAUUGUAAUAUGAUGCACACAAUCAUGGCAAUAAUAAUUAAUGACAAAUUGCAAUUUUGGUUAUUUUAAAAUAGAUUUCCUUGUUUGCAGUAGAAACUGUUAAGCAGACCCGAUAAUUUUGUUUAUGUAUGUAUAUCGAGUAGAGGUGAUGAGUCAUAGAGAGGUUAUGAGAAGAGAUUUUUUCCGUUAUCUCACUAGCCUCCACAUAGUACAUUCAUAUUAUAGAAUACAAUGCAAAUAUACAUCCAUACAUACAUAUUGGUGAAUCUAAUAAAAGCAUAUUAAAAAUA